AUGGGCGGCCUGCUGCUGGCUGCUUUUCUGGCUUUGGUCUCGGUGCCCAGGGCCCAGGCCGUGUGGUUGGGAAGACUGGACCCUAAGCAGCUUCUUGGGCCCUGGUAUGUGCUUGCGGUGGCCUCCCGGGAAAAGGGCUUUGCCGUGGAGAAGGACAUGAAGAACGUCGUGGGGGUGGUGGUGACCCUCACUCCAGAAAACAACCUGCGGAUGCUGUCCUCUCAGCACGGGCUGGGAGGGUGCAACCAGAGUGUCAUGGAGCUGAUAAAGUGAAACUCCGGAUGGGUGUUUGAGAAUCCCUAUGUUGCCAGUGUGAACAUAUCAAGAGGUGGGGCCUUUGAAGAGGCGAUUAGGCCAUGA